AUGAUACCCCGGCUCAAUGGUAGCCCCUUUUCUAACGAAAUUUUGCUAGAGCCAUUUCCUGUCAACUACAGACCAAUAUCACUAGAUUAUGAUGGGACGGCGGACCCAAAGGAGCAUAUGGCAUGGUUUGAGGGAUUAGUUGCGUUACAUCAGUAUGCUGAAGGCAUCAAAUGCCGGAUCUUUGUCACCACACUUUCUGGGGUUGCCCAGCGCUGGUUUCGUAAUUUGAAGGCUGAUUCUAUUCACUCUUUUGGAGAUCUAUAUCUCACGUUCAUGAGACAAUUUGCCAAUGCAACACAAGUGAAAAAAACGGUUAUGUCAUUAAUGGACAUAAUGCAAGAGGCUCAUGAGACAUUAAGAGAAUACAUCGCUCGGUUCAACGUGAUAGCAUUGGACGUACUUGACGUGGAGUCACAAAUCAAAGGAUAUGCAUUUGUUAAGGGUUUGAAGCCAGGACCGCUCUUUGAUAGGCUCCUUAUAACACCCCCGCGAGAUUUUGAUGACAUCAUGGCUGUUCUACCCGGGUACUUGCAAUUGGAAGAUGCCAAGGCAGCAUGGAAAGCAGAAUCUGACAAACAUCGAUCAAAGAAGAGUGACAAUAAUACCGAGCAUAACGAUAGGCAUUAUCAAAGGGCACCAUAUAAAGGACUACCACCAAGAAUCCCAACAAUGUCUAUAGAAAUGCAGAGCACACCACCCAGAGCGGCACGGGAUGAAGGAGAGGGAAGAGAUGGAGAGGAUAUGCGCAGACGAACGCCUUUGAAUAGGCAUGUGGAGGAGAUUUUCCAUAUUAUCAAGGAUGAACGGUGGUUCCGGGCACCAUGGGACUAUACCCAAGGAGACCCAAAGCCUAGGCGAAAUAAAUCUUUAUAUGAAUACCAUAAUGCGUAUGGACACUCGACUGCGCAGUGCGGGCAUCUCCAACACCAAUUAGAGAUUUUGGUAAGGAAGGGAUUACUAGAUAGGUUUAUCGAUGGACUCCACAGGGAUACACCUAAAAGACAGCGUAAUGAUAAUCACAAUCGCGAGCGUGAUUAUAGAGAAAAAAGAAGAACUCAGGGGAGAGAAAGAUGA